GGAAUUUUUCUUACAGUCUUUACUUUACUUCUUGACUUCAUGAAGCGCAGGAAGAAGUGGAGCCGUUACCCACCAGGUCCAGUUUCACUGCCGUUCAUUGGGACCAUGCUGUCUGUUGACUUCCGAAACCCCCACCUCUCCUUCAAACAGCUUCAGAAGAAGUUUGGAAACAUCUUCCAUCUCCAGAACUGCUGGACUGACGUGGUAGUACUGAAUGGGUAUAAAACAGUGAAGGAAGCACUGGUCCAUAAAUCAGAGGACUUUGCUGACCGGCCUUACAAACCAAUGUAUGAACAUCUGGGCUACGGAGAGAAACAUCAAGGGGUUAUUGACGCAAGAUAUGGACACGCCUGGAAAGAGCUAAGGAAAUUCUCGCUCUCUACCUUGAGGAACUUUGGGAUGGGAAAGAAAUCCUUGGAGGAGCGAGUGACGGAGGAAGCUGGAUUUCUGUGCUCCGUAAUCAAUUCUGAAGAAGGUCGUCCUUUCGAUUUACAGUUUUCUGUAAAAAAUGCAGUCUGCAACGUGAUCUGCAGCAUUGUCUAUGGAUCCCGUUUCAGCUACGGUGAUGAGACAUUCAAGAAACUGUUAUGUUUGUUUGAAAAAUUCUUAAAUGAAGAGAUCGGAUUCCUGCCUCAGCUUCUUAAUGAGUUGCCCAUUUUGUUGCGCAUCCCUGGAGUGCAACAGGCAGUCUUUGGAGGGCAAAUGAAGUUCAUGGACUUCAUAGACUCGCACAUAGAUAAGCACAUGAAGACCUGGAACCCUGCUUACGUCCGAGAUUUCACUGAUGAGUUUUUGAAACAAAUGGAAAAGAGUAAGGAGGUUGAAGACAGCAGUUUCAACUAUAAAAGCCUUCGUUUGGUGACCGCAGACUUGUUUCUAGCUGGUUCCGAGACCACCUCCACCACUCUUCGGUGGGCACUUCUGUACAUGAUUCUCUACCCGAAAAUACAGAGUAAGGUCCAAGCAGAGAUUGACAAGGUGAUUGGCAGAGAGAGACCACCCACCAUGGAGGACCAAGAGUGCAUGCCCUACACCAAUGCUGUGAUACACGAAGUGCAACGCUAUGCAGAUUCUCACAUGACGUACCGGGACACCGAGCUGCAAGGCUUCUUCAUUCCCAAGGGGACAACAAUCAUCCCCAACUUGUCUUCCGUGCUGAAGGAUGAGACAGUCUGGAAGAAGCCAAACGAGUUUUACCCUGAACACUUCCUGGAUGCCAGCGGGCAGUUUGUGAAAUCAGAGGCCUUCCUGCCUUUCUCAGCAGGUCGUCGUGUCUGCCUUGGGGAACAGCUGGCCAGGAUGGAGCUCUUUAUUUUCUUUACCACCCUCCUGCAGAAAUUCACCUUUGUGCUUCCCAAAAACCAGCCCAGGCCACGGGAGGACGGUCACUUUGCCACUGUAAGGGUUCCACACCCAUACCAGCUGCAAGCUUUCCCAAGAUAA